AUGGAUGAUAAUAAGAGUAGAAAGAUGGAUGUAGUUGGAUGGGUAAUAUUUAUGAUGAAGAUGGUGGUGAUGAUGUCGGGAGGAGUAGUGGCAAAAGGAGGAGCAGCAGCAGGAGCAGGACAAGUGAGUGCAAUGUAUGUGUUUGGGGAUUCAUUGGUGGAUAAUGGGAACAACAAUUACCUGAGAUCCAUUGCCAAAUCCAACUACUACCCUUACGGCUGCGAUUUCAGUGGCGGUCCAACUGGCAGAUUUUGCAAUGGUGAAAAUUUUGCUGAUUUAUUAGGGAGACUGUUGGGGGUAGCAGCCCCACCUCCGUUUGCAGAUCCGGCGACAUCGGGAGCCAAGCUGUUCAGUGGGGUGAACUAUGCUUCGGCUGCUGCUGGAAUUUUGGAUGAAACGGGUCAAAACUAUGGAGAUAGGUACCCGUUGGGCCAACAAGUGAUAAACUUUGAGACCAACCUAGGGCAGAUGAGAAGGAUGAUGCCAGCUGCGAACCUGACCCGAUUUCUCUCCAAAUCCAUUGCUGUGUUGGUGUUUGGGAGCAACGACUACAUCAACAACUACCUCAUGCCCUCCCUCUACACUUCCAGCUACAACUACAAUCCUUCCCAAUAUGCCAACCUACUCCUCAAUCACUACGCCCGCCAACUCCAUGCCCUCUACUCCGUCGGGUUGCGCAAGUUCUUGCUCCCCGGGAUCGGACCCCUCGGAUGCAUCCCCAACCAGCUGGCCACGGGUCAAGCCGCCCCUGGACGUUGCGUUGACUACGUGAACCAGAUACUUGGUCCCUUCAACGAAGGCCUCAGGCGCCUCGUGGACAUCCUCAACAACGGCUCCCAUCCCGGUUCCAUGUUCGUGUACGGCAACUCCUACGGUGCCAUCGGCGACAUCCUCAACAACCUCGGCCGCUACGGCUUUAAGGUUUGGGACCGAGGCUGUUGUGGCAUCGGCCGCAACCAAGGCCAGAUCACCUGCCUCCCCUUCGUCACCCCUUGCCUCAAUCGCAACGAAUACGUCUUCUGGGACGCUUUCCAUCCCACCCAAGCUGUUAAUGCCAUCCUUGCUCAACGGGCUUUCUCUGGUCCCACCUCCGACUGUUAUCCCAUCAAUGUUCAACAGUUGUCUUUGAUUAACUUCUGAUUCAUUUAAUUCCCCUUUUAUAUUUCAUCCCCAUGACAUUUUUUAUAUACGUAU